AAGUUGUUUGUCCGUUUCGGGCUGCCGUCCCGCAGGGUCCGCCAUAUUGUCUGCUGAAGCUGCUGCCGCUGCCGCCGCCAAGCAGGAGCGAGCGGAGCCGCGAUGGAAACCAUGGCAAGCCCAGGGAAAGACAAUUAUCGAAUGAAGAGCUAUAAGAACAAUGCCCUAAACCCUGAGGAAAUGAGGCGAAGAAGAGAGGAAGAGGGCAUUCAGCUUCGGAAGCAGAAGCGGGAGCAGCAACUUUUUAAACGGAGAAAUGUGGAGAUGAUUAAUGAAGAAGCUGCCAUGUUCGACAGUCUCCUCAUGGACUCUUAUGUGAGCUCUACCACUGGGGAGAGUGUGAUCACAAGAGAGAUGGUAGAGAUGCUCUUUUCUGAUGACUCUGACCUGCAGUUAGCAACCACACAGAAAUUCCGGAAACUGCUCUCCAAAGAGCCUAGCCCUCCCAUAGAUGAAGUUAUCAACACUCCAGGAGUGGUGGAUCGGUUUGUGGAGUUUCUGAAGAGGAAGGAUAACUGUACAUUACAAUUUGAAGCCGCCUGGGCUCUGACAAACAUUGCCUCUGGAACCUCUCAGCAGACCAAAAUUGUCAUUGAGGCAGGGGCUGUCCCCAUUUUUAUAGAGCUGCUUAACUCGGACUUUGAGGAUGUACAGGAACAGGCAGUCUGGGCACUGGGAAACAUAGCUGGAGACAGCUCCGUUUGCCGGGAUUACGUCUUGAACUGUUCCAUCCUUAACCCUUUGUUAACACUCCUUACAAAGUCCACACGACUGACAAUGACACGGAACGCAGUCUGGGCCCUGUCGAACCUCUGCCGAGGAAAGAACCCCCCUCCAGAAUUUGCAAAGGUGUCCCCUUGUUUGCCUGUACUGUCUCGUCUUCUCUUCAGCAGCGACUCAGACUUGCUGGCAGAUGCUUGCUGGGCCCUUUCUUACUUGUCCGAUGGCCCCAAUGAGAAGAUCCAGGCAGUCAUAGACUCUGGAGUCUGCAGGAGAUUGGUAGAGCUUCUAAUGCAUAAUGAUUACAAAGUGGCUUCUCCUGCACUGAGAGCUGUGGGUAACAUCGUCACUGGGGAUGACAUCCAGACCCAGGUCAUUCUCAACUGUUCAGCGCUCCCUUGCCUCCUCCACUUGCUGAGCAGCCCCAAGGAGUCAAUCCGGAAAGAAGCUUGUUGGACCAUUUCAAAUAUCACUGCUGGCAACAGGGCUCAGAUACAGGCUGUCAUAGAUACAAACAUCUUCCCAGUGUUGAUUGAAAUUCUUCAGAAAGCAGAGUUCCGUACAAGGAAAGAGGCAGCCUGGGCCAUCACCAAUGCCACAUCUGGAGGAACUCCUGAGCAGAUCAGGUACCUGGUCUCGCUGGGCUGCAUCAAACCCCUGUGUGACUUGCUGACUGUGAUGGAUUCAAAGAUUGUGCAGGUGGCUCUUAAUGGACUGGAGAACAUCCUUCGGCUCGGAGAGCAAGAGGGCAAGCGCAGUGGCUCAGGGGUGAAUCCCUACUGUGGCCUCAUCGAAGAAGCCUACGGCUUGGAUAAGAUUGAGUUUCUCCAGAGCCAUGAGAACCAGGAGAUCUACCAGAAGGCCUUCGACCUCAUUGAGCACUACUUUGGUGUAGAAGAUGAUGAUAGCAGCCUGGCUCCCCAGGUGGAUGAAACGCAACAGCAGUUCAUCUUCCAGCAGCCUGAGGCCCCCAUGGAGGGCUUCCAGCUAUAAUGUCUGCCUCCGGGAAGGGGAUGGGAUGGGAAGCACCACCAACCAGCGGAAGAGCAGCCCUCUGGUGAGGGGGAAACCAGCCCCCCACUGUCAGCCACCACACACCUCUGGUGCCCUGGAAACUGUGCUCUUGACCUGCUCCACCCCCUUCCCUGGAGGGAGCACCCUCUGGACAGACAGAACCAUCUGAGGCUCACAUUUGGGUUUUGUGACAAGAAGGGGACGUGUUGGGUUUUUCUUCCUCACACUAUAUUUUGGCUGCACAUAUGUCUUUAACCCAGGAGCCCAGGGGUAGACAGAGGAGGACUGAGGUAAUCAAUUUUGCACCUUUUUUAUUUUUAUUUUUUUCUUUAGUGGUGACUUUGUUCCCUUUAUCUUCCUUCAUCCUUCCCAGUUCUCUGCCCUGAUCUGUGUAACUCUUAUCUUGGGUACUUGAGCAGGUGGAAUAUUCCAGAAAUGGGGGUGGGAUGGGCGGGGAGAAAUCCAAAACAAAGUAUUCUUGCUCUGACAGAAUAUUAAUCUUGUAUGCUUGGAUUGAGUUAUUUAAUUUUUUUUUUCUUUUGCACAUUUUUCUUGUAUUAAGAUUGCUCUUUCCAAGGACCAUGAGUUCCUGGUUCUAGGAAUCCCAGCUGCCAGCAUCGUCUGGGACUAGAGGCUGAGGGGAGGUCACCGUGAGACAGAGGCCCUUCCCUUCCUGCCCUCUAACCCCUUCCCAGCCCUCUUUAGUUUGGGAGAUCCCCUCACUCUCCUGGGGCAAGUACACCUGUGGGAGUGGAGCCGGGGGCACAGGCCUUUCAGACGGGGCUUCCCAUGUGUCGCUACUGAUCCCAUGUUUCCUUCCCACCUUCCAAUGGUGCGACCCAACUUCAUUUGUUUACUUGAAAAUUCCCCUCAGAGAUGAAUGAGCCUCUGAGGUAGCUGUAUUUUCUCCUAAGCACGAGACAGGGGGCUCUAGUCCUUCCUUUCUCCUGAGGAGAAAGUCCUUGCUCUGGUGACCCAUAAGUUGCAGAGGAGGUUGGGGCGAGAGUGUCCUGUAUUGGGGUAGCCAGGGAUCCCUGCCUUGGCCUUUCUUCCUCUUCUUCCUCUCCCAUAGUUGGAUCAUGUAUAUUUUACUUCCAAAGGAGAGAAUGUCAAAAAGUUCUGUAUUUUUUUAUAUUCUAUAUAUUAAGUAGGUCAAUCUUAAUUGGUCUCAAGAGGAAGAACUCUUGUAACUUCUAGAAGUAGGAUACUGUGAGGAAGACCGAAAGGAAAUGUGGAGGCUCCCGCACUCAGGAGGCCUGAGCUUGAUCUCUUUCUUCUCUGCUUGGGUUCUGGGCCCCCACCUGGGACCAGCUUCAGCUCUGGAACCUUUACAUAGCAGGUCAGCCUGGUCUGAUUGUCCCAGCACCUGAAGGAAGCGAGGACGACCCAGGGGAUGGUGAAGUCUACCACUGUAAUCCUCAUUGCCGAGCAUCCCGCUUGCAUCGGGAAACCCAGAGGCAGUCUGCCUUCUCAGAUCUGGUCUGAGGCCCUUGUUCACAUAAGUUAAUGUACGUGGUUCCUCUAUUACUAUGACAGAAACGUGGCAGCCUCAGGACUUACUGUUAUCUUCUCUAUUUGGGAUCCUUAUACCUGGUUUGCGUUUUGCCCUUCCUUGUGACAAUUGUAAUCCCGAUGUCUUUUUUUUCUGUUUGAGUAAAGCUAAUGCAGUGCCACAGUG